ACAGACUCUUGACUAAUCACCAAGCAGAUCAUGAACAUGCGAUUUCUUAUCUUAAAACUGCAUAUCACAGAUGAAUCGAUCAUUACAUAUAUUGUCAGAAUCGAAUAACACAUAAUAAAAUGUGAUCUUACUCCAAAAUCAAUCAAGACAGUUAAUUUCCAUCUACAUGUCCGCACGUUUGGUCCAUGCAUUGCAAGUAUAUAAGCCACACACCUCUCUACGUUUCGACACAGCCAAAGUUUUAGAAAAGAACAUCUCGGUCAAGCACAGCAAGCAAGCUCCCAGCAAUGGCUACCUUCCUUCCUAUUGCGAUCCUCGUGUCCCUCCUGGCAGUUGGCGCCACCGCCAACAAUGGCUACACCACACCAACACCGUCGCCGCCGCCGCCGCAGCAGUACACCCCGCCGGCCCACAGUGACAAGUUGCUGGUGAGGGUGGAGGGCAUGGUGUACUGCCAGAGCUGCGCGUACCGGAACACGCAUAGCCUCGACGGCGCGGUGCCGCUGCCCAAGGCGGAGGUGUCCAUUACCUGCCACGACACCAAGAAUCGCGUCAUGGAGUGCAAGCGGGCCAUCGCCGAUGAGAGCGGCUACUUCCUGACGGAGCUCGGCGUGACCAAAGUCUCUGACUUCUUUAUGGGUGAUCCACGCAAGGCAUGCCACGUGCGACUUCAGGCGUCGCCGGACUUCAAGUGCAACAACCCCACAAACAUCAACUCCUCCGAUAUUGAGGGCGCGCCGCUCCGUGACGAGGACAAGCGAUGGACUGAUCAGGGCUACGAUAACGUUGUUUACGCCGCCGGCCCUCUCGCCUUCCGGCCGGCAAUCUGCCCUCUCAAGCACUAAAACUAGGUACCCCACACAAGUGCGGUGUCUAUAUUUGUGACGUUUACACGCACGCUUUUCAUAAAUUUGGGAGGCGUGGAAUUCAAUUUGGAUGUUGGAUAUGCAUUUUAUUUGUUUCUAUCUUAAAUACUGUUGCUCUUGUGUGAUAUUUGUUGUAAAUCUAUUAUGAUUUUAUUAAUUUACUAUACACAUCAAACUUGAUGUGAUUUUCCAUCAAGAAAACGCUUUUUAAGGAGAGUCUCCUACCGUGUAUAUAUUUAUGUAAUAAAUAAUUUAUUGAGUUAUGUAUGUACAAUGAAAAUUACAAAUUUUUUAGCCACUGUGAAAUAAGUAGAUCAUCAAAGUUUUCUUAAUCUACAUGCAUCCGAAAAGUGGCCAUUUGGCCAACACCGAACAAUGUGGCCUCGGUCCGAAAAGAAUCAACAAUUUUUGAGAUGCAAAAGAAUCACAAUAUAGUCAUCAACAAUUUCAUACAAAAUAAUAUCAUAGUAAUCACAAAGAAAUCAACUUUCUAUCACCGAUGUCCGCAUGUUACUAUCCUCUACCCU